CGUGGAGAUAAUACACUCUUCCGAAAUGUGCGACGACGACGUGGCCGCGUUGGUGAUCGACAAUGGGUCCGGAAUGUGCAAGGCAGGGUUUGCCGGGGACGAUGCUCCUCGAGCCGUAUUCCCAUCUAUCGUCGGAAGGCCCCGAUAUCAGGCGUGUUUAGGGAAUUAUGGUGGGCAUGGGGCAGAAGGACAGCUACGUCGGCGAUGAGGCGCAGAGCAAGCGAGGCGUCCUCACCGUCAAAUAUCCCAUCGAGCACGGCAUCGUCACCAAUUGGGACGAUAUGGAGAAGAUCUGGCACCACACUUUCUACAACGAGCUGCGAAUUGCGCCGGAGGAGCAUCCCGUUUUGCUGACGGAGGCACCGUUGAACCCGAAGGCCAACCGCGAGAAGAUGACGCAGAUCAUGUUCGAGACCUUCAACACACCGGCCAUGUACGUCGCUAUUCAAGCUGUCCUGUCGUUGUACGCGUCGGGCCGCACGACCGGCAUCGUCCUGGAUAGCGGCGACGGGGUGUCUCAUACAGUGCCGAUUUACGAGGGAUACGCGCUACCGCACGCCAUCCUGCGCCUGGAUCUGGCCGGUCGCGACUUGACGGACUACCUGAUGAAGAUCCUGACCGAGAGGGGCUACUCUUUCACGACCACUGCCGAGCGCGAGAUCGUGCGUGACAUCAAGGAGAAACUGUGCUACGUGGCCUUGGACUUUCAGCAUGAAAUGGCGACGGCCGCGGCGUCGAGCGCCCUGGAAAAGAGCUACGAAUUGCCGGACGGCCAGGUCAUCACUAUCGGCAACGAGCGCUUCCGCUGUCCGGAGGCGAUGUUCCAACCGAGUUUCUUAGGCAUGGAGUGCUGCGGCAUUCACGAGACGACGUACAACUCGAUCAUGAAGUGCGACGUCGACAUCCGUAAGGACCUGUACGCGAACUCGGUGCUGUCGGGCGGCACCACCAUGUAUCCGGGCAUCGCUGACCGUAUGCAGAAGGAAAUCACAGCGCUCGCGCCGGCCACAAUGAAGAUCAAGAUAAUCGCGCCGCCCGAGAGAAAGUACUCUGUAUGGAUCGGCGGCUCGAUUCUCGCCAGUCUUAGCACGUUCCAACAGAUGUGGAUUUCCAAACAGGAGUAUGAUGAGUCGGGUCCCUUCAUCGUACACAGAAAGUGCUUCUGAGAACGCUCUUGUAACUCCAUCGCCGCUCUUGCCUCCUCGAGAUACUCCUCGAGCGAUACCCGUGCGCGGGUUGACCACAUCGAGUGAUCGAGAGAAUUCCUCGAGACCGAGUCGCGUCCUCUUGCUCUUCCCGGAAAAUAAUUUAUCUGCCGAGUAACUUAUUUUCCGUGAGAUUUCUUCUCUUGUGCUUCGUGCGAGACAGCUUCCUCAAAAAAUGUUUCACUGAGAAACAAUUUCCUGCUCAUCGAGAAAACAUAGCGUAUACAAAUACACACACACACACACAAACACACAUUAUGAUUUCUUCUCUCCUGAUAAUAAUUCCUGAAAAUAAUGUCUUAUUAUCGAAGUAAGUUGGAUCAUAAUCGAUGAAUUUGAUACAUAGUUGUAUCAAUUUUUGUUCUAUAUUGUACCCUGCGAAAGCAUCCUUAGAAACCAUCCAUUCAUCCUCCGUAAAUGUUUGAUUUCAAGAAUUUGCGUACAUCGAACAGAGUGAUCGAGAUUCAAUGGUCUUUUUUUUAUUUCUAAAAUGUACUCGAUGUUAUAUACAUAGCAGGAUGUUUAAGGCAGAUCUGGGAGGCUAGUCUCUUUCUUCAUGCCUCUCUCGAAACUCCCAUACACAACUUCUGACACACACACAGUACAUCUGCCGUUAGAAAAUAAUGCCGUAUGUUAGAAAAUAAUAAUUUAUAUAUUUCUCAGUCGCGCAGUCUAUACCUGUAGACGUACUAAGAACUCAAUCGGUAAUUCCUGCUAGAAAAAUCGUCAUUUUUUUACACGAUAAUUACAUUCGUAGUAUCGUAGCAUCUAAAAUGCCGUUUUGUUCAUGAAAUAAUUUUCACGGACGGUUAAUACACUAUCUUACAGAAUA